AUGGGGAUCCUGGUGUUAAAGUUCUCUAUCGACACACAAAAGUCCUAUUCCCAACUCAUAGGGUCUCUGCUUUCUACAGGAAGGUCAAACGCUUUCACCAUCAAUUGCUCAGGCUUUGACCAGCACGGGGUGGACGCUCCUGCCUUCCAGACUAUAUUUAACCAGAAGGACUUCCGUCCAGUCAUCAACUACAGCAUCCCCACUCAGGUCAACAUCUCCUUCACUUUGUCUGCCAUCCUGGAAGUGGAUGAACAACUUCAGCUGCUGACAUCAUUUCUGUGGUUAAAGUUGAUCUGGAAUAACCCAUUCAUCAGCUGGGAUCCAGAAGAAUGUGGUACCAUCAGUAAACUCACUGUGACAACUGAGAACUUGUGGCUCCCAGACAUCUUCAUCGUGGAAUCCAUGGAUGUGGAUCAGACCCCAGAAGGCCUCUCUGCAUAUGUGACCAAUGACGGUCACGUUGUGUAUAACAAACCAAUGCAGGUGACCAGCAUCUGUAGCCUGGACAUCUUCUACUUCCCCUUUGACCAGCAGAACUGCACACUCACCUUCAGCUCUUUCCUCUACACAGUGGAAAACAUGUUGCUGGGCAUGGAAAAGGAAGUGUGUGAGAUAGUGGACACCUCACGUGACAUUGUCCGCACACAAGGGGAGUGGGAGCUCCUGGGCAUCAACAAGGCCACCCCAAAGAUGUUUGUGGGCUCCAGUCUUUUUGACCAGAUCAUGUUCUACAUAAGCCCAGAGACUGUGGCCAUCAGGCACAGGCCCAGCCUCUAUGUCAUAAACCUGGUGCCCAGUAGCUUUCUGAUCGCCAUUGAUGCCCUCAGCUUCUACCUGCCAGCAGAAAGCAAGAAUCGCCCAUUCAAGAUAACCCUUCUGUUGGGCUACAACGUCUUCCCGCUCAUGAUGAAUAAACUACUUCCUGCUAGUGGCACCCCUCUCAUCAGUGUCUAUUUUGCCCUGUGUCUGUCCCUGAUGGCGGUCAGCCUGCUGGAGACCAUCUUCAUCACCUACCUGCUGCACCUGGCCACCACCCAGCCCCCACCCAUGCCUUGGUGGCUCCACCCUCUGCUCCUCUACUGGGCCAGCCCAAGGAAAUGCUGCCCCACUGCGCUCUGGAAGAAUGUGGGCCCAGGCCUCAUGCCCACUCACCUACCUGGUAAGGAAAAUCUGACCCAGGAGCCAGGACAAUUGCUAGGGAAGGAGCUGGGACCCAGAGAGGCAGAGCUGAAUGGGGCUUCAGGAUUGACAAGCACCCAGCUAGCUGACCUGUGGGUGCAGUUCAGCCACAGGAUGGACACCUUCCUCUUCCACCUCUACCUGUUCUUCUUGGCCUCCUCCAUUAUCACGGUCAUCGUCCUCUGGAACACCUAG